GUUCAGUUGCGCAAGUAAACAUACAUGCGCGCGUUGCACGCGUGUCUGCUAGUCUUCUUCCAUAGCUUCAUAGCCAGUACAGGUCUGCCUGAAGGGCUCAGUCGCCUUCGUGGGCUCAUUAUAGACCACAGAUGAGACUUUAGAGACACUUGGCCUGAUGUCAGCUCAGUCGCCGGCUGCUAUGGAGUCUGAAGGCCGAGUUCUCAUCCUCACGCCGAGGUCUGCCAAGGCCAAAUCACUCAUCGCGACGGUGGAGCACAAGAGGCGUGAUCAGGUGGCUGCGGGGGAUAGGGUUGACCUGGACGACGCCAACGGUGUGUUUCGACACGCACUCCGUGCUCACGCAGCAAACAUGGCCGUCCACGUAGACAUGAUUGCCGGCGUGGGCCCAACACAGCGCCAGCUUCCACGCAAGUCUGCAGCACGUGUGCAGUACGAGGACGCAGCCGCAGCCGCGGCAGUGGAUGAGUACGAGCUGGAGGAGGGCGAGGAGGAGGGCGAGCAACAGGAGGUCACCGCCAUCACCAGACCGCGCGUGCCGGCCCUUCAGCUUCCCGGCGCAGCGUCUGUCACUGCGGCUCGCGGUGACACGGCCACCUGGGCCUCCGCUCGAGAGCCCUCUGCUGCUGCGUCUCCACGCCGCCACGCCGCCUCCAGCCCUCCUGCGGUUGCUGCUGCUGCCGCCGCCAACGUCAACGCUGGUUCCAUCAGCGACAACUUCGGCGACACAGAUGGUGCUGACCCUCCGCUGCACCUGCCGCGCACCGAGCAGCUGCUGCUGGCGCUGAAGAGGUAUACAGGCGGCCCCAGCAGCCCCGGCGCCGCCCACGGAAGCCAGCGGAGCGUCUGCCUCAGUGAGCAGCAGAGCCCACUGCCCUCACCGCGCCAGGCCCCAGGCGACGGCAGCAGCGACUACCGGGGCGCUUACGCUGCUGCAGGCGGCGUCACCACACCUCCUCUCUCCCCACGGCCAAUGACGUCUCCCAGCGGCCCCCCCGGCACCGACACCGGUGCCAAGCGCGGGAGCCAGUACGGCGCGACCGUGCCGCCGCCCGGUUACCCGAGCAUGCCACCCUCCGCCACCGCCACCAACGUCGUCUCGCGCUCGCUCACGCCGCGGCAGAUGCAAAAGGCGCUGGCUGCAAUGGCUGGUGCCGGAGGUGGCGGCGGCGCCGACGCGGACGCCGCGGCUCUUGCGCCCACCCGCAGCGCUGCGUCCUUCACCGCGGCAGUGGGCGGCUGCCACCGGCCCACGUUGACGCAGCUGUUUCCCGAGGGCGGCGUGGGGGGGCAGGCCGGAGGUGCGGUAACAGCAGGCGAUACUGAUGGCCUCGGUUACGCUGCCGUGCAAUGCGGCACGAGCCACAGCUUCAGCGGCCCAACCCUGCGGCGGCCACCGCAGCGCCGCGGCAGCAUGGCAUUGCUGCCCAGCAGCGGCGCUGCUGGCGGCAUGAACCCAGCGUCGCAGGCGCUAAGGCCGACCAUGGUUCGGAACAACAUGGCCCGCCUAACCCGCAGGAGUGAUACGUCUGGCGAGCUGCAACCGUACCCUUACGCCGUCGUUCCGAUCGAUACUGAUGCCGCUUUCGCCGUUGGCACUAGCGUCGCGGCUUCGCCCGUGUCACCAGUGAAAACGCCCGCUGCUGCUGGCGCCAGCGGCAGCGGCGGGGCACAUCGCGGUUUGCGCGCAGCGGCGGAGGCGCUCUUCAGCAAGGUCAGCCGCAGCCCUGCUCGCGGCGCCGCUGCCGGCGCCCAGGAGUGGUACUUUGCCUCAGAUGCCGCCCCGGGCCAGCCGCCUCUAUCGCCAUCUGCCCUCCGAUUUGCGUCGGCGAGUGGCGGCGGCGCGGGUGCGGCCUCACCAUUCGCAACAGCCGCUGCUGGCGCGAGCGUAUAUGUGGCACGCACGGGCAGCAGCGGACUCACCAGCCCCAUUGCCAACACGGGUACCUCCUCAGCCGCGAAUCUGUUUGCGGGCAUGACCGCUGCUGCUGGGGGCGCCAAUGGAGCGCCAAGCAGCGGCGGUGGAGGCAGCGCGGGUGGCAGUGCGACGACGUCUCUGAGAGCUCGAGUGGCGCCGCCGAGCCCGCUGCAGGUCGCGGCAACGCAGAGCGGCGAGGCUUGGUUUGUGGAACGGACUGCUUCAGCCAUGCAGCAGGCUAGCGCCUCCGCCUCCGCCUCCUCAGGCCGGCGGCUGCCCACGCCUUCCGCCCUCUCCGCCGUGGGUCGCGGCAGCUUCACCAGCAGCGCCGCCGUCAGCCCGGGUGGCAGUAGCGCCAUGCCCCGGUUGCUGCCUUCGCUGCCACAGCCGCCGUCUGCGUCAGUCGCCAUAUGCCCCUCGCCCCCAGCCCGCGCGCCGGAGGCCCCUGGAGGUGUGGCGUCUUUCGCUGCUACUGCCACUGCGGCUGCUACUGCCACUGCCGGCCCAGCAGCUACUGCCGCCGAUAGCAGCGACGCCGGCUGCGUGUGUGCGCCCCUGCAGGUGCUGCAGCCGACGCCACCGCCACCUACUGCCGUCCGUCGCGGACGCGUGCGCGCCAGUGCUAGCUGCUACCUCACGGCUGCAGGCGAUGCCGUGGCCGACGCCUACGCCCACGCCGCCUUCGCGCAAAAGCCUCGCUCCCUCGGCCCCACCAGCAACUCAGCACCUCUGCAAGCAUCGAUAAAGCCGCCACAGCCGCUGCCCCUGAUGCCGUCCACGCCGGCUACCUCCAGCGCGCAGCCGGCGGCGUAUUUUUCGUCAGCUGCCUCCUCUGCGUCCUACGACGGCGGUCCGCCGAGCAGCCCCGCUGCUGCUGCUGCUGCUGCUGCUGCAGCGUCCGGUUUCAUGGGCGCGUCGCCCACAGCAGAGCAGCCGCCGUUGCUGCUGCCACACGCCGCGCAUGAUGGUGAGGCCUUUGCCUUUCAGCAACAGCCCGUCACGGCUUCUGCAGCGGCCGCAGCGAUAGACGUGGUCCGCGCGCCUGCGCCAAGCCAAGGCUCCUCAGGCCUGCACGCAGCAGGGCGAACAGCAGCUGCGGGCGCCUUUGCCCCUCCGCCGCCACCGGUGCGCGCGCACGCAAUGACCUCAGCCCUCGGCGACAUGAGCUUCGCCGGUAGCGACGGUGGCAGCAGCGCCUGCCCCUUCCCGCGGCCUGUCCCGGCACCAUCCCCAACAGCCGCCGCGGCCGACGCGGCUCCGCGCGCUGAGGCGGCGGAGGGCACGCCCGUCGUCUCCGCAGCCGCACAUGCCUCCGCGGACGACAUCACGUCGUCGGUUUCCAACUGCGCCGAGGUGCUGGAGAGCCUUAGCUGCUGGGCGGGCGCGUUCAACGACGCCGCUGCCGCCAGCGACCGGGUGUUCGGCUCCAUGCACGGCGUCCAAAGCUUCGGACGCACGGCGUGGGUAGCGCGCUCACGCGAAGAGUCGCUAGGCUGGCCGCGGGCAGCAGCAGCAGGAGCAGCUGUGUUGCAGUUGCCGGUCGUCUGUCAGUGGGCUGCUGCCGAGGAGGAGGAGGUGAUUAAGGGAGGCGCAAAGGUGGAGACUGGCGUGGUCGGUAGCGGUGCCGCCCACAAGGCGCCGGCUGAUGCUGGUGCUGACGAGGGCGGUGCUGGCACAGUCCCGACUCCUGCCCCUACUGCUGCUGGCAACGCCAGCAGCGGCAUCAUGAGCCGCAUGAAGCGGGCGCUGCUGUCAGGCGCUGCGGCGGGCGCCGGCAGUAGCUAACUGACGACCGCCGGCACGCCCGAUGGGCGGUGGCCGCUGUGGGAUCAGGCGCGGAAGGCGCCGACAGCGCAUGCAGCUGCUGCGUCGCCGGAAGGGCUUUCAAGAUUGAGCCUGGGGACUGAACACGCGCCAAUUUCUCAUGCUCUGAACAGCAUUCAUUCUGCUGAAGCACCUGUCGAGGACAGGAAUAUGGGCAGUAGGGCAAAGGCGGGGGCAUGAAUGGAAGAGCUGGUGGGGGUUAAUUAUGCGUGUCAUUUGUCACCGUGCUAGCUUCGUACCGGGGUCUGUUCAUGACACGGAAAUGUUUGAAGCAAAAGCCAAUGCAUAUCUUCGUACUCGUGUUGCGUUUGCAAAUACUUCCGUAGGCCCUCGUAGGGCGCACCAGCCGUGUCAAUUUGCGGCUGAGCGUUCGUUUAAAUCUUGCGCCACAUUAAUGAAUGCGACAUACCAAGAACGAACAGUCCGACCAGCAGCACAGGUGCACCGCACCCACGCCAUGAGGGACCAUCUUCGGCUCAGUGAGGAACCGCCCCCCGCUGGUUGGCGGCCGACCUAGGCGCACUGUAUUAGGGUAUCCACAUGAUUAUGGUGGAACGAGACAUGCAGAAACCUGUGUGAUUCUGGCGGUAACGUUGGCAUACAGAGUCCCGUAUUCAUGCUACGGCUUCUAAGCCUUUAAGAAUUGUGCACGUCGGCAUUUUACGUUUGGAUAUCAGCGUGUGCACGGUAUGCCGCACCUAUGCAGGCCUGCUGUAGAAGCACGUGCCAUGCGUUAGCACAACUGCAUUUUGCUUUUGACAGCCGUGUGCCAGUCGACAACGCUUUGUCCUUUCACUUGGUGUGGCAAGUGGCAGGGGCAGUGCUUGCGGAGGAGCGAGGUGCAGCUUGAGGAAGAUAGGCUUAUAAGGAGUCACGACACGCAUACGCAUUCCCUUUUCGAUGCAUUGUGCUUACCAAAUGUACGUGCGACGUUCUCAAACGUGACGUGCAAAUGCGCACUCUGACUUUCAGAUCUAGCGUGCACGUGCACGGACUCCGAAGUAGCACGUUUGAACUCACGGACCCAAACCCAACCCAACAUAUGAAUCAUGCUGAGAAGUGAGCGUAAUGUGAUUCGUGCCAGAUGGUUUUACGUUCUUACGUUUUACUUUGUUCAUAGAGGAUGUGCCACUGUUCGCGGUGCCGAGUGCUGCCUACCCUAGACCGCCGCGCCUUGCUGUGCUCGAGCAUGACAUGAAGGUGGCCCCCUCUACGUGCCGGCUAGUUAGAGGGCAUGUCGUGAGGGGGGUAAUGAUUACGGCAGUCAUGGCGGAUCUCGACCCUGUGCCCGCAAGUGCGGGGUUCUGGUGCUCUAAUGCAUGCAUGUCCUGCUGACUUCCAUGCUUACUAGCAUUGGCAAGUGCCUCGAAGGCAACAGGGCUUACUUGGCGUGCACAUUCUACGCCUAGAUAGCAAGCCCGUCUUCUCCACGAUGUGCACUGUGCAGCCCCGCAACAUGCUUGCAGCCCCAACGUGUAAUCAUUAUGCGUC